AUGGGCCCGUCGCGCGGUCACCAGCGUAUUCUGGUGACUGUGGCCGUACUCAUACUGGUACUACUGGUGGCCUUGGCCGUUGUGGUGCACCAGUUCUGGCGACUGGUGGUGCGGUUUGACCACCAGCUGGUGCGGGUGGAAGGGCUCCUGCAGGAUGCCGAAAAAAAACUCAAGAAAGUAAACGCCACUCAACAGCUCCACACGGUCGGCGACGCCUCCUCGUACCGCGCUCAGCUGACCCAUGUGCAGACGGCGCAGGCGCAGCCGGCGGCCCCCAGACAGCCGGGCCCCGCCGACUCCGGCCCCGCCGCUGCUGCAGCCGUCCCCGGAGGCGGCAGAGGGGGCCGGAGUGCUGGCGGCGGAGGGGGCCGGAGUGCUGGCGCCGCCUCACCAGCUUCCUGA